AUUUCAUUCGGAAAAUUGCAUUUUUUAAUAAACCACAGAUCAUUCAGUAUCCAACACACAAAAAAACAACAACAAGAAAUUAAAAAAAAAAAGAAAAAUGAAAGGAUUUCGUUCUUUACUUGUACUUUGCAUUUUAGUGCAUGUCGCUAUAGGAAAGAUACCUGAAUGGAUUCCUCCAGAAAUGAUGGAUAUGGUUAAAGGUGAUAAAACAAGGUGUAUGAAUGAACAUGGCACAACAGAAGCAAUGAUCCAAGAUGCCAGUGAGGGUAAAUUUAUAGAUGAUCACAGCUUAUCGUGCUACAUGUUCUGCUUAUUCGAUGCUUUCAGUUUGGCAGAUGAAGAUGGUAAUGUGGAUGCAGAUUUAUUAAGUAGUUUGAUGCCUGAAAAGAUUCAAGCCAUUGCUUUAGAAGUAUUCGGAACCUGCGGUGAUAUAGGAGCUGACAAUCCAUGUGACAAAUUUUACAAAAUGGCUGUAUGUGCAUAUGCAAAACGACCAGAUAUUUGGUUCAUGGUUUAAUAAUUAUUAUAUAGAAAUCAAAGGAGAAUUCCUUUUUCCAAAUAAAAGGAGUUGUAACGCUAAUGAGAAUAGAGAAAAUUGAGUGGAUUAUUCUAUACAUAAGAAUUAUGAAGUAAAUCAAACUAAACUACCCAUUUAGUUAAUUUUUAAUUGAACUCAAUUUAUAUUUACUGUGCUUUUUUUUAAAUAAACUAAACAAGGAUAAA